UCUUGAUUUUAAGGUUAGGAGACACGUGUUGUUUUCGUAUUUUGGUUAUAAAAGAAGUGCCAAAAACGAGUAUAAAAUGUCUGUUAUUAAACGUGUGGUGAAAGCGACCACACGAAAAGGUAAAAAAGUUCUUACGUCAAGAGAGCCUCAGCUGGUUGAGGGCCCCAAACGUGCUGCAUUCUUUUGGGGCCGCAAAACAUCUGAAUUAGUGCGGAAUUUGCUUAAAGAUCUUUACGUUCUAAAGAAACCAGAUGCAAUAUUUUUAAACAAAAAGAAUAACAUCACAGUUUUCGAAAAUGUGACGCCAGUGGAAGCUAUUUGUAAAAAAUAUGAGACGCCCUUGUUUGCAAUGGGUUCUCAUUCAAAAAAGAGACCUAAUAACGUAGUGUUCGGUCGUAUGUUCAACUAUUCUUUGUUAGAUAUGGUAGAAUUAGGUAUAGACACUUAUGAAGGUUUAAAAGACUUUGCUGGAGCUAAAGUUACAUUAGGUGUUAAGCCGUGUUUAAUAUUUAACGGUCCUUGGGAUCAAUCUGACGAACUCAAACAGUUAAAAUCUAUUUUUGUGGAUCUUUUCCAUAAAGAACAUGUAGAACAAUUGAGCCUUCAAGGUUUGGAACAUGCCAUUAGUUUCACUGUCACUCCAGAAGGUAAAAUUGCAGUCAGAUCAUAUAAAGUGCUUCUUAAGAAAUCGGGAUUGAGGACACCCAGAAUCGAACUUGAAGAAAUUGGACCAAGGUUCGACAUGUCCCUGAGAAGGAGUAAAUUGCCCUCUGAAGACCUAAUGAAGCAGGCAUGUAAGAAACCAAAGGAACUUAAAGUUAUAAAGAAAAAGAAUAUUGAUAAAGAUGCACUGGGUAACACCAAAGGCAGAAUUCACAUUGGCAAGCAAGAAAUUUACAAGAUACAAACAAGGAAAAUGAAAGGCUUAAAGAAGACAGCACGUGAAAAGAAAAUGGAGCAGCUUCUUAAGCAACAAGAAAAAUCUACUACAAAUAAUGUACAAAAAACCAAGAAGAUGAGAAUCGAAAUUGUAGAGUAAGUUUGUCAUAUUUAUAAUUAUGUAAAAUACUUAUUACUGGGAUGGUUUACAAAAAAAAGUGUUAGGGGGUUUUGAGAAAUAU